AUGCUUUACCACUCCCAUGGUAUUGGCAAAGGCUACACUGGCGGUUACCACGAGUACUUUGGACCCGAUGCCGACAUUGACAGCCACAUCUACUUGAUGUUGGCCAACGACCUCAUCCAUUCAGUGGUCCCUUCGGCCGUCACCGUCGCUGAGGAUGUGAGCGGCAUGCCGACCAUUGGCCUGCCCGUGGAGUGGGGCGGCUUUGGCUUCGACUAUCGUUUGGCAAUGGCCAUUCCCGAUAUGUUUAUCAAAUUGCUGAAGGAAGUGGGCGAUGACAACUGGGACAUGGGCCACAUUUGCUACACGCUCACGAACCGACGACAUCUGGAGAAGGUGGUGGCCUAUGCCGAGUCUCACGACCAGGCGAUUGUGGGUGACAAGACAUUGGCCUUCUGGCUGAUGGAUGCCGCGAUGUACACGGACAUGAGUAUUCACCAAAAUCCUCACCACACCAUGGCCGUGGACCGCGGCCUGGCGCUUCACAAGAUGAUCCGAUUGCUGGUGCAGGGCCUGGGCGGAGAGGGCUACUUGAACUUCAUGGGGAACGAAUUCGGCCACCCCGAGUGGGUCGACUUCCCUCGCCCCGAGAAUGGCUGGAGCCACCACCAUUGCAGGCGCCGCUUCGACCUCCCCGAGGACGACUUACUGCGGUACAAAUUCUUCCAAAACUUCGAUGAGUUGAUGAACGCCUUGGAGAAUCGCUUCAAGUGGUUGAGCUCAUGGCAUCAGUAUGUGACCUUGAAGCACGGCGCUGACAAGGUGAUCGUCUUCGAGCGUGGCGAUUUGCUGUUCGUCUUCAAUUUCCAUCCCUGCAACAGCUAUGAUGGAUACCAACUGGGCUGCAUGUGGAAUGAGCCCAUGCGAACCAUCCUGGACACCGAUGAGGGGCGCUUUGGAGGGCAUCAGCGACUGGAGUAUGGCCAUGGCAAUCCUUUUCCACCCAUGCAUGGCGCGCACAGCCGCAACCACUCAGUGAAGAUGUACUUGCCGGCGCGAACUGCCCAAGUCUUGGUGAGAGACAGCCUCCUUCAAGGUGGUGUGAAGAUUUGGAUGGAUGGCAGCUUUUUGUCGUAUUGGAGUCUCCCCACGUGCGAGGGGAUGAAGCUUUCCUUGCAGACCUGGAAGGAUGGCAAGCAGGAGAUGAUGGACUUUGACUUCAACGACGCCGGUUGCGUGGAGCUGGGCUUGAACUUUGAUGCCACCUUCCGCAUCUUGGAUGCGACCGGCCAGGACUUGCCCUGCAAAUCCUCCAAAGACGGCUUCUACCGUGUCUUCUUCCCAGGUGACUAUGCCGUCUCUGGCCUGGGCUACCUGAAGAACGGCCCGGGCUGCCCGGUGGACAAGUUCGAGGAUCCUGAGGAGGUGGAAGAAGCGGAGCAAGCGGAGGAAACGCCCGAGGCGUCCCCCACGACGGUGCCGAAGGACGAGGCGAAGGACGCGAAGGCCAAGGAAGGCAAGACAGGUGGCUACAGCGCUGGAAGCGCGGUGCCUGCAGCUGCAGGCAAGGCAGUGAGCGCCGAAGUGACGACCAGCGCCGUGGUGGGAGCCUGA